UAGCUUUGUUUACAUAUAUUUUAGGGGGUAAAUAUUGAACUGAACUGUAUUUUUUGUGUAUAAAGCAACAUACUAACCGUAUGUAUGAAAAGAUAAGAGAGAGGUCAUGGUGGAUUUUCUGUUAAAUGGUCUGGCAUUUACUGAGCUGCCAAAAUGCUUCAGCAAAUUUUGCGGGACAUGUACAUCGAGCCAGAGCUGCUGGCAGAACUGUCAGAGGAACAAAAACAGAUCCUUUUCUGUAAAAUGAGAGAGGAACAAGUGAAAAAAUGGAAAGAAAAAGAAGCAGUAUUAGAGGAGGAAGAGAAAAAGAAGCCCAGAAAACCAAGAAAACCAGGAUCCAAGAAGGUGAACUUUUUACAAGGCAAAGAUGGCAAUGACUGGGUCUGGGUGAUGGGGGAACAUCCAGACGACAAAACCAUAGAACAAAUUAUUGAAGAAGAAACUAUAGCAAAAGCAGCAAAACUGGCUGAACAAGAGGCAGAGGAAUUGAGGAGGAAAGAGGAGGAAGAAAUAAAGCUAAAAAUGAAGGAAGAACAGGAAAGAUUAGAAAAAAAGCUGCAAGAAGAGGAAGCAGAAAUGAAGAGGAAACAAGAAGAAGCAGCUUUAUACCAAUCUCUAAAGGAAGCAAGAUUAGCAGCAGAGAAAUUAGAAGCAGAAAAAGUAAAGAUAGAAAAAGAGGAAAAGGCUAAAUUAGCAGAGCUGAAGCCACCCGCCAGUAAUGGGUUUCUAAGCCCCGGGGGAUACGCAACAUGUAGCUAUGGAGACCCAUUCGAUACACCAGAUACCAGUGCCAAAGCUCAAAUAAACCAGAAACAAUCAGAAGAGAAAGCAAAGAAGAUGAGGGAGAGAAGGAGCAGUGAGCUUUACAUGUCUUUCAGGGAGGCGAGGAAAAAAUUUGAAAAAAUGGCGGAAGAAUCUGGAAAGGUGUUGGAGGCAGAGUGGGAGGAGCAGGAGAAAAAAGCAAAAGAAGCAGAAAAAGAUAUGAGAGAGAUUGCACGAAGAGCUCGUGAAGAGCACCGCCGUUCAACCAUGUCACUGACACACGAGGUCAUAGAUGCCUUUACGCACAGCUUACAACAACAGAGCAUAGCAGAUGCACCUCCUGUGCCUGACAAAAACACCGCUCCCAGUACAAAUAACAAUCUUCCCCCAACCAAGAAAAGUCGUCCUCCCCGUCCCAUGUGCAAAAAUGAUGUGAUAGAGUGGUUCAAGAAUGUUGAAAGGAUUAAAGGUUCGGGCAUUGAUCCUUUAACAGGGAAAACAGCAGAGUGGUUUCAUGGUGUAAUAUCAAGGCAGGAUGCGGAGGACUUGCUAAGAGGACAAAAAGUUGGAACCUACCUAGUACGAGUCAGUGAAAAAGUCUGGGGCUACACUAUUUCAUACAAAGCAAUUGAGAGAUGUAAACAUUUCCUUAUAGACACUUUGAAUGAUGGGACAUACCAGUUUUUUGGCAGCAAUCAAUUAGUUCAUAAAAAUUUAGCAGAUAUGAUAGAGUUCCAUAAGACAAAACCUAUAUCUGGCAUAGGAAAAGAGCUGUUACUUCAUCCAUGCAAACAGAAAAGUGAUCCCCCAGACUAUGCAGAGCUGUUUCAAGAAGAGGACAGGAUAACAACUUUCUUAUGAAAACAGUUAUCAAAUGAUUUUCAUACUUAUACAUACAUAACUGUACACUCUGUUGUUGAAGUGUUGCUCACAUUUAGUCUGAUACUCAAACUAGAAAAUUGCCUAUGAAGUUUGGCUGGAAAGAGUUUUAAACAGAUUUUAACAAACUCAGAAUAAGAAUAGACCCUUCAGAUUUGUGGAAAAUAUGGAAAUAUGCCAUUAAAAACGCAUUUGAUCAGUUGAUUGCAGGGUAGAAGGACAUUAUUUUGGAGUUUUUUCUAACAUUUUACUAGUUCCUUGAAAUUAUAAAAAAAACAUGGUCAUUGGAAUACCUUCCUUUGGUAAAAUUAAAAGUGUCAUUAAUUCUGAAUGUUUAAGUUUUGUAAAGGGCGAAGUUUACGUUUUGCUAGAGUUAGUAUUGAGAAGUCUUAUUUAAUGUACUGUAUAUAUUUUAUAUAGUGUCUAUUCAUGUCCUAUUUCAAAUAUAUGCCUGAAGUUUUCAUAUUACUGAAGUAUAAUGAGUGAUGAGUAUUACUCAUUGACCUCACUUUCUGUAGAAAUCUACAAAAUGUCUCUUUAAACCCUCUGGGUUCAGAUCUGUAUUUAAUGUAAAGUAAACAGCUGAUAAUUACAACUGCUUAAUUUAUUAAUCAUAUAAUAUGUUUGACAUUAGAACAUGUAUCAAAAGAUUUCUCAUUGCGUACAAAAGUUAGGUCUAAGUACUUAUUGAUAUUUCUAAUUCAAGUUCUGUAGUGUACUGUUUUACUUAUUUUACAUGACUAUUGGAGUAUGUUAGGCAUGCUUAUUUAACUAAUAGACAUGUGGAAGUUUUUUCCUGUCCAUUAUUGAUAGUAAUUUAAAGAAAGGUCAGGUGAAUCUGAAAUCUUCUAUAAGUUCAAAACCUUACACUUGUUGACAGGUAAUUUCAGAUUGGAUGCCUACCAGGUGAUAUUGUAUUUCUUUUUGUAAUUUUGCAAGAUUUUCAGUUAUAGCAGUUAUUUGUGGUUAGAUAUGUAGUAAUUUAAAUCAUUCAUAUUAGUAAGAUUUGUCACACAGGCAUUCAGGAAUGAGUUAUAUAUGUUUAAGGUUAUUCAUGUUCAGUUUGAUAUAAUUUGCCUUAGCUGAUUUUGUAAACAAUUUCCAUGACAACCACCCUGGUUUCUUAUCAGAUUGAUGGGCUACUUGCCAUCAGAGUUACUAGCCUUUAUGUGCAUUGAUAAAAUGAAGUGCAUUGGGGCAUAUUGAUAUGUACAAAGAAAUAACUGUGCAAUUGAAAUACCUAUGUUUAAAUGAGGUAUUUUCUAACCAAAAUAAUCAAAAGGGCAGUGGAUGUCUGCUUUCAGAAACCAACUGAUGGCAAAUAAAAUGAUCUGAUGAUGAAACAAUUUAGCAAUAUUAUGUUGCAAUUUACUUCAUAUAGAGUACAACUUGUUAUAUUGGCAGUUACUGUGCAGGCCUUACAAGGACAAUACCAAGUGCUUUUAAGGUCCUGUAUCAGGUUUUCACCCCCUUCCCCAGUUAUUUCCAGUAGAUAACUUUUGUUUAUUUGUUAUGAAACAAUUUUUUUUGUUUUUGAAGUUCAAAAGAUUUUAAGUCUACCAUCAGGGAUUUUUCUUAAAUUGCUUUUCUCCUGAAAUGGCAAUUAUGUUGUGCUUGUGUAAAUAACCGCAGUUACAUUUGUAAUAAACUUUUUUUAUGAUAUAAAAAGUUUAAGAAAUAGCAUCUUCAAGUGAGGUAAGUGUGGAAGGAUGUCAUAGUUAUUUGUAUAUUUUGCUGCUGCUGUAUAUUUUAAGAUGCUUGAAAUGAUACUUUGCAAGGGAGUUUCUACCGUCAUUCAUAUGUCUGUGAAACAACACACAAUCCCAACAGUUCAGUUUAAGAAAAAUGCUCAGCAUUUAAAGAUCAUGGUAAUUUGUACAUGCUGUAUAAUUGAGUCUAUGAGUCUGCUUUCAGGUUAUCAAACAUUUGUAAUAUAGGUGAUAAAAGAAAUAGACCAGAGUUAAAACUAAUAAUUGUUAAUAGUACAAAAUUCCUUUUUUGUGUAAUUACAAGUUCUGUAGUCAUAAGACUUAAUUUCUCUGUUUUAGGUUGCACAGUAAUCAAGAAACGAACAUAACUUUUGUGUGCAUUACAUUGUUUUAACAAAAUGGAAUCACGUAAAUGAUAGGCCAUCAUCUCGGCAGUAUUUUGCUCAUCUUAGUCAUCCAUUGAUUAUUGAAAUAAAAUACAUAACAAUUUUU